AUGAAUGCCAAAAAUAUGAGUUCGCAAAAAUCUGACCUACUUUGCACAUCGCUUUUACACACAAAAUUAAUUACUGAAAUUAGAAUGUUUGUUCGACCCGUGGCAUUUUUUCAGUGUGUGGCUAGUGCUGAUGUAAAUACACCAAAUCGUACCGCCAGACAACACCUCUCAAUGCAUGGUCGUGAGAGUGACAGUGGCGUUCCUGACAGAGCCUUCGAGGCACAAAUAUUCGUGAAAUUCAUGCCCACUUUAAUUGUGCGAAUGGCGGUGUUACGGCAAUACUCGAGCAGAGCAGAGGAAGAGACAAGAUCAGAAUGUCGGUCUGUGGGACGUUUGAGCAAUGGAGGUGGUAAUGCAGAUGCAGUAGAUCUUACUCCUUUGGUCCCUCAAAAUCACAAGAAAACGCUCUGGUUCAGUAUUUAUGAUAAGGCAAUAACAGUGUUUGAACGCUUGACUUUGUUUUUGAGAAAGUUAUCUUAUAAUUCAGUCACAGUACAGUAUUUCCUAUGUAAUGAAGCUGUAGUUGCAAAAGAUAACCCACCAAGGUUUGAGGGGGAUACCACAAACCUAUGUUUUAUUGGCUCGCUUUUUGUUCAACACAAGAAACACCCACCAUCUCAAAACACACCUAAACGACCUAUUUUUCAUGCUUCAUACAUUUUCAUGCUCUACGUUUCUACUACUAUGUUGAAAUAA